AGGAGUUAGGCUCGUGAUCCCAGGCGGGAUGUUAAGGCCCAGACGGUCAUGACAACCAGAGAUUUAUAAUUAUGGAGGAGACCGAGGAAAAGAAGAGAAGAAUACGCAUAGAGGAAAAGCUGAAGAGAUAUGAGAAAAUAGAUUUUUUGGGAGAAGGACAGUUUGCAACUGUGUACAAAGCCCUGGAUGUAGAAACAAAGCAAAUUGUUGCAGUGAAAAAGAUCAAACUUGGGAGUAGGGAAGAAGCAAGAGAUGGCAUAAACCGUACAGCGCUGCGUGAAAUAAAACUGCUACAAGAAGUUCACCAUCUUAACCUAAUUGGUCUUUUGGAUGUGUUUGGCUAUAAAUCAAAUGUCUCACUAGUGUUUGAUUUUAUGGAUACUGAUCUGGAAGUCAUAAUCAAAGAUACAGAUAACAUCAUCCUAACGCCAGCAAAUAUAAAAGCGUAUAUCUUGCAGACAAUACGGGGAUUGGAAUAUCUGCAUCUCCACUGGAUUUUACACAGGGAUCUGAAACCUAAUAAUCUAUUAGUAAAUUCUGAGGGAGUAUUAAAGAUUGGGGAUUUUGGAUUAGCACGAUUUUUUGGCUCCCCAAAUAGACAAUAUUCACAUCAAGUGGUCACUAGGUGGUAUAGGAGCCCUGAACUAUUGUUUGGAGCACGAUCAUAUGGAACUGGAGUUGAUAUGUGGGCAGUCGGUUGCAUCCUGGCUGAAAUGCUGGUACGCUGCCCAUAUUUUCCAGGGGACUCGGAUCUGGACCAACUCACUAGAAUAUUUACUGCUCUUGGUACGCCCACAGAUGAUAACUGGAAGGAUCUAACAAAACUUCCUGACUAUGUAUCAUUCAAGCAUUUUGAUGGAUCUCCACUUCGUGAUCUCUUCCUUGCUGCUAGUGAUGAUUUGUUGCAGCUUCUUGGGUCCCUGUUAAUGAUUAACCCUUCCAAGAGAUGCAGCUGUACUCAAGCUCUCAAAAUGCCUUACUUCAGUAACCGACCAGCACCAACACCUGGGCCAAUGCUGCCACUCCCUGCUUCAAUUAGAAACAAGAAGGAAAUAGAGAAACCAACAUUAAAACGCAAGAUCAUUGAAGAAUCUGGAUUUGGAGACACAUCUCAUAGUGGAACAAACAAUACAGUGAUGUUGCUGAAUGGAAGAAAGCCUCAUGCAGAUCUCGACAAAACCCAUCUACAUAAAUUUGCAUCCAACAUGAAUAAGGAGCAGUCCAUGCCUGUCAAACCUGCCUUUGGAAUAAGACAAGCAUCCUUAGCCAAGAAGCUCCAGUUUUAACUCGGAAACAGAGAAGCACGGACUGAAAGACUGGGAUGAGAGACAGGCCUUGUCUCUGUGAUAUUAAAACACUUCAAGAAAUUCUUUAGUUAAUUAUGAUUUGUAAUGCUCUUAAUCUAAUGACAUCUAAUAGUCUCAAACAAAUGGAUUUUCUGUUUGUCCAAGUUAUUCUGUUUCUGUUAUUAAAAUCUAAACUUUUAUAUAAUGCUCAUAAAGAUGCAGUAGUUUUGUAUUAAAUUUGGUGUAUUUCAAAAGGAAAUAUUGUAUUGUAUCUGUACUGUAUUUCUAAGGCUUCCAACAAAAUGUAUGACUUCUUCCAACUUAAUUCAAAUUUGGUGUCAUUAUUAUGAUUAAAUUAUUGCCAGGAUGUGCCUGUAUUUAUUAAUAAAGAGAAAACACAAUACUAAAAAA